UUUAUGCGUACAUUUCUCUUCGACCUCUGCGCACCUUGCUUGUGGUGUCCAACUACACUCACCUGUUUGUGUUCUUGGAAGGUUUACAAGGGGUUUGCUCAAAACAAUGGCGUAUUUAGUUAGAGGAAGCUAUGAACCUAUGAUUGAAAAAAGCUUGGAGAGUAUUUGCUCUAAAAUGGUUGAUAAGCAAAAGAAGAUUCGCGAGACAGAAGCCAAGACCAAAGAGCUCAAAAUGGAUGCGAGGGAAGAGUUUGCUCGCGAGAGACUCGCUGUUAACAAACAGCACGUAAUUCGAGACAAAAUGCAAGAAAUUGAUGCAAGGAUUGAUAAAAUAGAAACCAAGAUUCAAUAUGAGAAAGGGAAGCUCUUUUUAGCGAAGAAAAGGGACGAGGAAAACAUAAAAACAUGCCAGAGCUUGGAGGAUAACAGACUUGAUGUUCCCUCGUUCAGUGAAAAAAUGAGUGACGCGAGAGACAGGCUUUCUUGCUUCGUGGAAGAAAUUGCAAAGAAGAACAGAAAGAUGGAUGCCAUUAAGGCCAAGAUUACUGAAGCCGAAUUGAGAGAGAAGAAAGCUAAAUUCCGAUUUUCAAACUACGAAGAAAUUAUCCGCUUGAAUGAACAAUCAACGAGGGUGAUAGCGAGGAACUAUAGACCGAAGACAGACAGGGAGUAUGAAGUGGAGAUAAGAAAUCUGAAGUACUCUCUGGAUAAGGCGGUGAAAAACUACAGAGCAAGAGAAUCUGAGCUUGCUAUUCUCGAAAAAGAAGAAAGAAAACUUGAUGCUGAGAUUGCCAAGACAAAGAAACAAAUUCUGAAUGCAAAACAGGCCCAAAAUGAAGUUCGAGGGUCGAGAAAAUGAAUUUUGAUGAAAGCGACAGGUCAAGAGUAUUUGAAGAAUAAAAACAAUCAAAAACUGGUUCAAGAACUAGACUGAUUUAAAUAAGCAAGGCUCUUGCAAAAGCCCAUCUUUACUUAUAGGCUAUGCAAAGAUGAGAAUACUUAGAAUAUAUUAAUAUAUGUAACCUACUAAAUACCUUUGUAUUCAACAGAAUUUCUUUGAAAAUACGGUUUCCAUGGAAAUGACUUGUGUCAUCUUACUAGUAUAUUUCGACAAUCAAUACAUUUAUUUCUUCAGGGCCUUACUGAGUCUCCAGAUAUUACAUGUAGUCGUCAAUAUUUAUAUAUAUUUAACGUCAAACACAUUUGUUUGUUUAGAACUUAACUAGACUUCCAAGAUGGCAUGAGCUUGUCGAGUGGAAUUCUUCUCUAAAAAUCUUAAUAAAAUAUCUUAUCGUCCUAA